AUGUCGGCAGAUUUCUGGGCUGGAUACCUCAGCGGUGCCGUGGGGAUAGUUAUCGGCAACCCGCUCGAUGUGGUUAAAGUGCGACUUCAAGCUAGCACGGAUGGAGGGAGAAGAGGGAGUCUUGCAUGUUCUCGUCAAUUUGAGUCGAAAAGUUCAUUAGUUCGAGGUGCCGCAGCCCCGGUCCUAACAUAUGGUGCUCUAAACGCAGUGCUAUUCGCCAGUUACAACCGCAGCUUGACGUUUCUGGCACCACAGGUGAAGAACCCUACAGACCCCUUAGAGGCGUCCCUGGGCCAAAUAUGGGUUGCUGGUGCAGUAGGUGGGAUGGCCAGCUGGGUUAUUUCUUCGCCUACAGAGCUGGUGAAAUGCUGUGCACAGAUACGGCGGGGUGUGGGUACGGAAGCAGUAUCAUCAUGGGGUGUUACAAAGGAUAUUGUGCGCAAUAAUGGAUUUAAGGGUCUAUAUUUUGGUGGCGGUGUUACAAGCGUGAGGGAUGCGGUGGGAUAUGGGUUCUACUUCUGGUCGUACGAGCUCUGCAAGCGCAUGGCCACGAGGAGUAAUGAAACGUCACACCAGACAGCGAUGAAGACGCUCUUAUGCGGAGGGAUAGCAGGUAUAGUGACCUGGGCAUCAGUAUUCCCACUGGAUGUCAUAAAGACGAGGCUUCAGACUCAACCAUUGUUUAUCAGCACAGAGGCGAAGCCACCGCUACAAGUCCAUGCACAAAGGAUACAUAGAAUCCUGGGUGUAUGGGAGAUAACUAGAGAAGCAUAUAGGACUUUUAGCUUACGAGUAUUUUAUAGAGGGCUUGGGAGGUAUGCCCUUCUAGCCCAGACAGGCACUGUCGAUGCAUUUGUCGUUCGGCCCUUCGCACAUCGCGGCAUUACGGGCUGA